UAGACUCAGAAAUAGGUUAGUAGUGAAUAACAUGCGUGCCUUUAUUAGAAAAUUAAGUUCUUUUCCUAAAAGCAAAAAUUUUAGGGAAGAACUGGAAAUAAAUUAUAUUCCAACAAAUCUAUUUCAAAAAACUUUGCUAACUAUCGGUUCGGCCACUGUAGCCCUCCUUGAUCCAUAUAGAGGAGAUAUGAUUGCAUGUUUAGGUGAAGUGACAGGGGAAGCAUCUCUUAAGUUUAUGCGAGAAAGAAUGCUUGAAAAUAACGAAGGAGCUGAAAUAUUACGAGAUAUGCCGCGAAUAAAUUCUCAAACAAUUUGCUUUAAAACACUGUCAGAAUUGCCUGAAGAUACCCUUGGUCGUGUUUAUGCUGAUUUUAUGAAGGAAAACGAUAUAACAGCCGAUUCACGGUUACCUGUACAAUUUAUCAAUGAUCCAGAUAUAGCUUAUGUAAUGCAAAGAUAUAGAGAGGUCCAUGACUUAGUUCAUGCUUCAUUAUUUAUGAAGACUACAAUGCUUGGUGAAGUUGCUGUUAAAUGGGUAGAAGGUAUUCAAACAAAGUUACCUAUGUGCAUCGGUGGUGGUAUUUGGGGAGCAGCACGACUUAAACCAAAACAUCGACAACUUUAUCUUAAAUAUUAUUUACCCUGGGCUAUCAAAACAGGACAUAAUGCAAAGUUUUUACAAGGUAUUUAUUAUGAGAAGAGAUGGGACCAAAAUAUUAAUGAUUUCCAUAAAGAGAUGAAUAUAUCGAGGUUAACAGAAAGAUAACAUUUUUAAGUGGAUAUUUGCAAUAUAAUUAUUUAUUUCAACAUUAGAUAUGUAUAGAAAUAAAACAGUGGCUGUUUAAUGUAAAUAGAUAAAUAUUAGUUCUGAAAAGUUUGUUGUUAAAGAAUGAAUUGGUGUAGUGAAAAAAUAAGUUUUAUUAUUAUAAUUUGUUAUAAUAUAAUAUAUUUAUU